GGGGCCCGGCCUCAGGACACCGGGCUGCAACCGCGGAACGCAGCCCGGGAAGGAGCGGGCGGGGCCCAGCCGGGCCGCAACCGCGGAACCCAGCUUGUCCCGGCCGCCGCCCUCCCGCUCCCGACGGGUCCCCGCCCGGCGCAGCGGCGCCCUCCGCCCGCCAAGGCGCUUGCGCAGGAAGAGCCCCGCGGAAGACGCGGGGCGCAUGCGGAAGAGGCUCCGCUCCCCGGCAGUCGAUCCGCGAUCCGGGGUUUGGGCGCCGCCGAGAGCUCUGUUUAUAAACACACCGCGCGGCCACCCGCGAGGGGCAACCCGAAAGGUAGUGGGGUCGGAGGUCAGAGGUCAGCAGGGGCGCCAGGGGCAGACCGAUCCCUUAGCCUUUGCCGGCUGCUGGCGGCGCGGCGUGGCCGGCCUGGCCGUCCGACCGCGGUCCGGGGCUGCCGGGUGCGCCACGUGGUGCGCACGUGGUCCGGUCCCGGCGCGGACCCUCCCUUCCCCCCACGCGCCGGCGGCCCGCAGCGCCCCCUGGUGGCGGCCCCGCGCGCCGCACCGCUCGUCGCGCCUGCGCACCAAGCGUCACGACGCGCCUUCCGGUCUGCGCGCGACCGGGCGUGGGUCGGUUGCGUCCUUGCGACAACCGCGCGUCCUCCCGCCCGCCCGGGGUCUCGGCGAGGGGAAGCUGGGGGCGGCCCGCCCAAGGUCACACGCGCGGCGCCGGGGCGGCCCCAAGACCCCGCGCCGUGCGGGGGCGGGGCCUGCGGCGUCCACGUGGCCCCGGUGGCGGAGCGCCCGGCCCCCGCCGCUGCCUGCCCAGCCCGAGUUUGCGCUCGUGCGCGGCGGCCCCGCGGACGCUCUCCGGGUGCCCCGUGCGCGCUUAAUGCGAGGGGGCCGCGCAAACGAGAGGCGACGCGCCUGGCCUCUCCCGUCACCUGGCUGGGCGCUCGCGGAGCCCCCAGGCUGUGCUGCUGUGAGAGCGGUCGCUUCCCCGCCCGCCUUUGAUUUUAUGCCCUGUUGCUUCAAAAAAGAUUUGAGGAGGCUCGCAGAGAGAGCGUGAGCGGAGGAGAAGGUCAGAGAGAGAGAGAGAGAGAAUCUCUCCACACCCAUGGAGCUGGACAUGGGGCUCUAUUCCGUCACCCUGGAAUCAUGACCCAAGCUGAAGUCAAGGAUCCCAUGCUCAACUGACUGAGCCAGGCAGGUGCCCCUCUCUUCCCUGAGUAAUUCUUUU